GCGUCUGACGUCAGAUCCAGUCAUCCGAUCCGUCAUCACCAGUUUUGACGCAAAAGGGGAAGUUGGGAGGAACCAAGAGGAAGAUCUGGGAGUGACCGUUUGAGAAGCACCUCUUGACUUCAGUACAGGAGAUUGGGGCUUAAGGUCAUGGCAGGAAGAGGUGGAGCAACGAGACCUAACGGGCCAAACACCGGCAACAAAAUCUGUCAAUUCAAACUAGUGCUCCUGGGAGAGUCCGCUGUGGGGAAGUCAAGUCUAGUCCUUCGCUUUGUAAAAGGACAGUUUCACGAGUUUCAGGAAAGCACAAUAGGAGCGGCCUUCUUGACUCAGACAGUAUGUUUGGAUGACACAACAGUGAAGUUUGAGAUCUGGGAUACAGCUGGCCAGGAGCGUUACCACAGUCUGGCCCCAAUGUAUUACAGAGGAGCGCAGGCGGCCAUAGUGGUGUAUGACAUCACAAAUGAAGAAUCAUUUGCACGUGCGAAAAACUGGGUGAAAGAGCUUCAGAGACAAGCCAGUCCAAAUAUUGUAAUAGCUUUGGCUGGAAACAAGGCAGACCUUGCCAACAAGAGAGCGCUGGACUUUCAGGAUGCACAGUCAUAUGCAGAUGACAACAGUUUGCUCUUUAUGGAAACGUCAGCUAAGACUUCAAUGAAUGUGAAUGAGAUUUUUAUGGCCAUUGCAAAGAAGCUACCCAAGAAUGAGCCUCAGCCUGCAGGUGGCAGCACAGGACGCAGCAGAGGUGUGGAUCUAACAGAAACGGCACAGCCCUCGAAAGGUCCCUGCUGUAGCACCUAAACAGCAGCGGGCCUCACCUCCUAACCAUCGCAUCACAUCUGGACAAGGGGCUCCUUCUUCCAAACCUCGCUCCUUGGAUUAGCUAAAGACUCUGUAUAACCGUGUUUCUAAUACUUUUUUUUUUACUUUAUUUUUAAGAAGAAAAAUGUAAAUCAGCAGUCUACUGGAUGCAUGUAUCACUACAAAUGAUAAAUACACAUUUUAACUUAAUUUAGCAGGAGGACAAACCCGGAUGAAAGCGUGAGAGAGAGUGAAAUAUUGAGUGUGUUUGUAUGUGUUUAGUAUGUGGAACUGAUUACCUUAUAACCAGGCCCAGGUGCAAUCUGCACACAUUUUCUGCAAAAAUGAAUUAAAACAUGGUAAAAAUGUGUUAAUGCUAUUUUUAGUGGUAACUGUAAGCAUAAAUCAAAUUAGCAAACUAAUAAACUUCAUGAAUCCAUUACA